AGAACCCCUAAACGAAGCCAUCCGUUUAUGCUACCGUAGAAGAGGACCGGAAACAACGCCGCGCCCCUGAACCCGGAGCUUUGCCAUAUUCCGAUACGGUUGUAUAUGUGUCAACAUCAGAGGGAUAUUUUUUAAUAUGUUGAUUAUUUGAAUGAGGUGAUGCAUUGAGGAAGAAUUCUUUAUGCUUCAGUCCUUCUAUAUGGAGAAGGGUCAUGUUAACAUCAAAGAUGGAAACAGGGGACAUGGUUUGAUGUUAAGACAUGAAGAGGUUUGCUACCUUUGUCCCAAGGUAUUGCUGUCAAACAUUGUAUCAUCAUCAUCAUCAUCAUCAUCAUCAUCAUCAUCAAAUGGUUUCUUCUGUCAUUUCUCUCCCAUUUGUCAUACCAAAUCCUUCAACCCGAAAAUACUCAUCACUUGGUUCAGCUAGUGCUAGACAUUUCCCUGAUUAUUCCCCCAAAAAGCCCACCAUAAAAGAUUCUGAACUUGUUUACACCAUCUCCACCACCAUUAAGCAGCGCCACUUUGAACCCAUAGAACGAAUUCUGAAACCAUUUGAAUCAAGGCUUAGGUCUGACCACUUUAUUUGGGUUUUGAUGGGCAUAAAGAAUGAGUACACGUUAGUGUUGACUUUCUUUGACUGGUUCUGCUUACAUAGAGCUCCAUCUCUUGAGGUGAGAUGCAUUAUCAUUCAAAUCUCUGUUGCUGCAAAAGACCCAAAAGUUGCUUAUGAACUUAUUCAUGACUUUUGGAGUAAACCCAAUGUAGAUGCUACUCUUCCGUUUACCCUUUUCAUGGAAAAGUUGAUAUACACUUACAAAGAUUGGGGCUCUAAUCCCCAUGUAUUUGAUAUAUUCUUUCAAGUCCUUGUUGAAGUUGGAAUACCUGAUGGAGCCAAAAAGCUAUUCCACAAGAUGUUAAACUAUGGAGUGGUGAUAUCUGUCAAUUCAUGCAAUCAUCUUCUCUCACAUCUAUCACAGAAUAUCGAUACGUGUAAGACAACACCACGAAUUUUUACUGAAUUUUUAGAACUGGGUGUUAAAUGGAACACUGUGUCACAUAACAUAAUGAUUCAUUGCCUUUGUCGAAUGAAGAAAGUCAAAGAAGCUCAUAACUUACUCAUCCAAAUGGAGAUGCGAGGCUAUUUCUCUGAUGCUAUUACUUAUAGCACUAUCAUAAAUGGGUAUUGUCAGAUUGGAGAGUAUAAUGUAGUUUUAAAACUUAUGGAAGAAAUGCAAAUAAAAGGAUUGAAACCAAACAAGUUUACUUUCAACAGUGUGAUUUUUCUUUUGUGUAAGAUAGGCAAAGUGUUGGAUGCAGAAAAGAUUCUCAGGGAGAUGACAUGGCAAAAUCAAAAUAUAGUUCCUGAUAAAGUAGUGUAUACAACACUAAUUGAUGGUUUUUCCAAAACUGGGAAUGUCACUGCUGCAUAUAAGCUGUUUGAUGAAAUGCAUAGAAGGAACAUUUUACCUGAUUACAUAACAUACACUGCUCUUAUAUCUGGUAUUUGUCGAAUUGGGAAGAUAUCAGAAGCAUAUGAUCUCUUUGUUAAAAUGCGUAAUAGAGAAAUGGUUGUUGAUGAAUAUACAUAUUCAGCCCUUAUUGAUGGGUACUGCAAGAAUGGUGAAAUAAAGGAGGCGUUUUCACUUCAUAAUGAAAUGGUUCAAAUGGGUUUAACUCCAAAUGUUGUAACUUACACUUCAUUGGUUGAUGGUUUAUGCAAACAAGGAGAAAUCGAUACAGCAAAUGAACUUCUUAAAGAAAUGUGUUCAAAGGGUCUUGAAUUGAAUAUACACACAUACAAUUCACUUGUUAAUGGCCUCUGUAAAUUUGGUCACAUUACAAAAGCAAUAAAGUUAAUGGAAGAUAUGAAAGUGGCAGAGGUGCAUCCUGAUACAUAUACAUACACGACAUUAAUGGAUGCUUAUUGUAAAGUAGGAGACAUGGUUAAAGCUCAUGAGCUUCUUCGUGAAAUGCUGAAAAAAGGGAUUCAGCCAACUGUUGUUACUUUUAAUGUUUUAAUGAAUGGGUUUUGUAUGUAUGGGAUGUUAGAAGAUGGAGAGAAGCUACUGACAUGGAUGUUGGAAAAGGGUAAAAAUGGUAUUAUGCCAAAUGCCACCACAUACAAUUUGCUUAUGAAACAGUAUUGCAUCCGGAAUGAUAUGCAUGCAACAAGUGAAAUCUACAAGGGUAUGUUGGGAAAAGGAGUUUCACCAAAUACAAACACAUAUGAUGUUUUAAUAAGAGGACACUGUAAAGCAAGGAAUAUGAAGGAGGCAUGGUUUUUGUAUAAAGAAAUGGUGGAGAAGGGAUAUGAUCUCACAGUAAAUGGUUAUAAUGCUCUCAUCAAAGGGUUCAUUAAAAGGAAAAAAUAUUUAGAGGCAAAAAGUAUGUUUGAUGAAAUGAGGAAAAAAGGUUUAGUUGCAAAUAGAGAAGUAUACAAUUUCUUUAUGGAUAUGAAUUAUCAUGAAGGAAACCUGGAUUUAACUCUUGAGCUGUGUGAUGGAAUGAUAGAAAAAGGUAUUGUUGAUAAGACUGAUGUUUGAAGUUUGACCUUCUGGAAAAAGUCAAGAUUGUUGAUUUUCCAACAAAUGAAUCAUGUAUCUGCAAAUACAACAACAUCAAAGAGAGACAAAUUACAAACUCCAUACAUUUGCUAAUGACAUGAUUACCCUUUGAAGAAGGUGGAGAUCCACGAGGAGUAACAGAUUCUGUUGCAUUUUCCUUUGAGCAACUAUAGCUACAACGACUUGGGCGAACUACUCUGUAAACACCCGUGCUUGCAAGGACAUAUAUGUCUUUUUGGUUAUCUUCUCCAAAAGAGUAUAUGUAACCUAAAGAAGCCAAGUUAGUGUUUGGAACAGAAGUGCACUCUAAUGGUGAAUCAUGAGCACAGCUGAAAGGGAUUGAAGUAGUUGUAAAAUUCCCACUGUUUGAUGGUGUUUCAAAAGCUGCCCAUAAAGCAGUAGCAUAUAAAUCUGCAUACAGGUAACUGAACUUUCAUAGUUAGAAACAAUCCUUACAUUUUUUAUUUUCAUUUUUUUUAAUUAUUAUUAUUAUUAUUAUUAUUAUUAUUACCUGCCAUAUAAGCAUGGAUCUGUAGUAGAACGAUAGAAAUACCCCCCUGUAAUUGCUGCAGAACCUUCUUUUUUGUUUACAUCAUAGUGAUUAUAUCCCAUUGUUGGAAAUAUAACAUCUUUAGAAUUAUUAGAUGUUAUAUUUUCUUUUGAGUUAACAGGAAGGUGUCCUUCAUAUAUACUCCACCCAUAGUUUCCACCUUUUGUAAUCACAUCAAUCUCUUCAUAACGAUCCUAAUCAAUCACACAUUAUUUUCAUACUACAUAAGGGUAAAAUGGUCAUUACAACAAUAUGAACGAACCUGUCCGACAUCUGUACAUAGGAAAUAAGAAGGUCGUUCUGAAUCAAAGCUACACCUCCAAGGAUUUCUGAGCCCUAAAGCCCAUAUUUCAGGCAACAAUUCUUUGUCUUCAGAGUAAGGAUUAUCACGUGGGAUUGAAUAAUUUCCCCAUAGAUUCAAAUCAUCCUCUUCCGUAAAAAAAAAAAAAAAAAAAAAUCAGGAUUUUUAUAAACUUGAAAACAAAAUGAAUUACACUUUACACGUUACUUACUAGGAAAUGUAUCUACAUCCACCCUCAUGAUCUUUCCAAGCAAUGACUUUUUAUUUUGAGCAAAACCAAAAGGACCAUCUCGCCCUCCACCAUCGCCCAACAUUAUAUACAUAUACCCAUCGUUAGGUCCAAAAAGAAUUUGUCCCCCAUGAUUAUUUGUAAAUGGAAGCCCCAUUGUAAAUAUCCUUCUCACUUCCGUAGGUUUCCCUUUUAUUUCCUACAAACAAAUACAAUUUUUAGAAACUAAACUAGUACUAUUAAAUGCUAUAAGGAACAAAUAAAAUGACCGUUUUACCCUUUUAGGGUCAGAACCCGAACCCGUCCCAUUAACCGUAUACUCUGCAACAACAGUAUGAUACUGACACGGAUGCUCGUUUCCAGCUCCAACGAUCUUGGAAGGAUCACAGCCGACAUCCGAAUUACACCCACACCUUCCGGAACAUGUAGCCGACUUUUCUUUAUCACAAUUAAACGAAGCAAAAAACCUCCCGUUUUCCACAAACUUUGGAUGAAACGCAAUCCCCAUCAACCCAAAAACCGUAUCAAACUUAACCUGAUCCGUUAAAUCCACAAACGGGCUCGACCCAUCAAACCCUAACCCGUCACCCGACCCGUGAGAAGGAACCGUUACGAUCCAUAUCUUACCCGGUAAGUCCGAUAAAAACACACGGUUCGACCCGUCUGGGUGAGCCGCCAUGUUUAUGUAACCUUUGUCUCCCAGUUUCUCAAGGCACAGACCUUUUGGUGGGCCCGGGGUUUCGGUUUCGGUUAGUUGGAUCGGUGUCCCGUUGAAGCAUUGACUUUGACUUUUUUCGGUUUGGGUUUGACCGAAUGCGGUGCAGAAAUCGGACCUUGAUUGCCAGAGAUCCGUGAGUUUGGUUGAGGUGUUGUGUGAUGAUCCGGUGGUUCCUUGUAG